AACCAGAUGAGCCAUUUGAAUUCAUCAUUGUGUCCCUGACGGGCCAGACAUGGCUCUUUGAGGCCUCAACAUCAGAGGAGCGAGAGCUUUGGGUCCAGGCUAUUGAGAGCCAGAUCCUGGCCAGCCUGCAGGGCUGUGAGAGCAGCAAAAACAAGGCGCGGCUGGGCAGCCAGAGCGACGCCCAGGCCAUGCAGGCCGUGCGCACCGCCCGCGGGAACAGCUUCUGCGUGGACUGCGAUGCUCCCAAUCCAGACUGGGCAAGCCUCAACCUGGGCUCCCUCAUGUGCAUCGAGUGCUCUGGGAUUCAUCGCAACCUGGGCACCCACCUGUCCCGUGUGCGCUCCUUGGAUCUGGACGACUGGCCUAGCGAGCUUCUCAUGGUCAUGACAGCCAUCGGCAACGCCUUGGCCAACGCCGUCUGGGAAGGAGCGGUGGAAGGCUACCCCAAGCCCACCCCUGAGAGCAGUCGAGGCCCUCUCCCGCUCCUGCUGGGCCAGCAGAGCUUCCUGGCCGGCCGUGGCCCUGCGGCUACUGCUGGAGCCGGGGCUGGCUGUGCCACAGAAGGGGUUAACAGAGACGGCUUGGCAGCGUCCCGCGUGUCCCAAGG